GAGAGAGAGAGAGAAUCAUGUCAGGGUGUAGCAGCUCUCUGGUGAAAACUGUGUACUGUUUUUUGUUUGGACGUCUUCCAGUGCAGCGAGCAGCAGACAGAAAGUGUGUGUGAAUAAGGAACAGAGCCUGACAACAACACGACAUCAUGAAGUCUCAGCAGAAAUGCAUUGUGAUCUUUGCUCUCGUGUGCUGCUUCGCUGUCCUGGUGGCGCUCAUAUUUUCAGCUGUGGAUGUGUUGGGAGAAGACCAAGAUGACAUCACCGACGAUAAUUGCAGCCAUAGCUGCCAGGUUGUGCUUGUGGAAAAUAUCCCAGAAGACAUCGCCAUUUCUCAUGAGAGGAAUACAUCUCUAGCAAAGGGACUCCAUCACCUUCUGGACCUGGCUGAGAAAUCGGUGGAGAUCGUGUCACCGUGGUGGGAUCUGAACUCCACAGAGCAGGACUCUCGAUUUUCCCAAGCCAAGGAGGGUCCACUGUUACUCAGUCAGCUGAUGGAUCUGAAAGCUCGGCAUGUUCAGCUGAAGGUGGCCAGUGAGAACACGUCGUCUACGGAGCUCAAGCUGCUCUCUAAUUACGGUGCGGAUUUGCGUUCUCUGAACAUGAUGGCCCUUACCAAAGGCGAGCUCCAUUCCUCUUUCUGGGUGGUGGACAGGAAGCACUUGUACAUCGGCAGUGCUGCGAUGGACUGGAGAGCUCUGUCUACGCUCAAGGAGCUCGGCGUCAUCGUUUAUGAUUGCAGAUGUUUGGCUGUGGACCUGCACCGGAUCUUCAAUCUCUACUGGCAGCUGGCGUACAAGGAGUUUGUCCCGUCGAUAUGGUCGAAGAGGCUGAGCGCCCUCUACAGCAAAGACUUUCUUUUUCACUUCAACGGCUCCAACGCUAAAGCCUACUUCUCAAGCUCUCCAAACAUCUUCUGCCCUAAAGACCGGACGACAGACAUUGAAGCCAUUUUCCGUGUCAUUCAGGACGCCAAGCGCUUUGUCUGCAUAUCCAUGACGGAUUAUCUGCCUCUCCUGAGCAGCCGUUCACACAAUAAAUAUUGGUCACGUCUUGACGGCAUGGUGCGCGAGGCUCUGAUCCUGAAACGCAUCAAAGUGCGUCUGCUGAUAAGCUGCCGAGAGCAGACACACCCACUCACCUUCAACUUCCUGUGGUCCUUACAAAGCCUAUGUGUACAGAUGGUCAACUGCUCCAUGGAGGCGAGGUUCUUCAGUCCUCGAGUGCAAGAUGACGGUUCUACUCAAGGCAUCCACCAUCACAGAUAUGUGGUGACCGAUAACGCCGUGUAUAUUGGGAACCUGGACUGGGUUGGGAGCGAGUUUGUGUUUAAUGCAGGAGCCGGCCUGGUGGUCAGUGAGACGGGGAGAAGCUCUGUGCUGGUGCAGAGACUGAAGUCGGUCUUCGAUAGAGAUUGGCACUCAUCGUAUGCCAAACCUCUGCAGCCCAACAAGAUUCCCAGCUGUGGCUCAAGUGCUGGAGUGUUUAAAGGGCAUUCAGGUCACACGGAGGACACAGGAAGUCCAAACGCUUCUCUUUAAGAGCUGUGAUCAUCACCCACUCACUGACUGACUGACUGACUGACUGAAGGGACGUGUUUCAUAUCCAGUUGUUUUCCAGUUGUGCCACCUCUGCACUUUGUGAAGUAUUUAUUAUUUAUCUCUCUUUCUUUUCUUAGCAAUUUUUAAAGAAGAUUCAAAGCUACUGUGUUUGGUUUUGGUUUUAUUUUCGUAACAGACCUCAAACCUUCCUCAUUUUCCUUUUUCUUGUUGUCUCUUCAUGUAAACAACAAGGAAAAGUCCAGUUUAGUCCUGUUACUUCUGAGAAUGUACGAUCUCCAUGAAGACGAGUAAAACUUUACAAAAUAUUUCUGUGUAAACAAUAACAACGUAAUGAAGAGCAAGUCCAGCUCUAAGAAAAAAGAUCGGCACCAGUACAACAUAUUCAUUACUGAAUCAUCAUCAUCAGUGGAUCUGCAUUGUUUGUUUGAUUGUUUGUUUGGUUAUUCAUCCAUCCAUUUCUUUCUUUCUUUCUUUCUUUCUUUCUUUCUUUCUUUCCUCACUAUUUAUUUGUC